UGGCAGUCCGCCUGAACUUGUCCUCUUGAGUGGGCUCAGAUGAUUUGAGGCACGGGGUUUUCAUUCAGCCGCUUUAAUGUGCGCCUCCGCUCCUACCUGUUGGAUCAGUCUGCACUUCUCCGUUUCCUCAACCUGCGCUUUUUCUGUUGUUCUUUCUUGCGUGCCAUCUAUAGAAGGGGGUAUCAAACCCAGAUAGGGUGCCGAGCAACAUUUUUUGUUCUGUAGUCUGUAAUUAGGCUCCAGAAAACCCUCCCUCUUUCCGGGUUAUUUUACACCGCAGCGUCGACCUCCUCGACAAAGUUGGAGAUCGGCGGGCUGAGAGUUCGUGCGAGCUGUGCCUCUCCCACUCCGAGCAACUGAUCUUGAUAACAAUGAGGCGAAUGGCAUUUCGGAAUGCUUUUGCGGCUGAAGAGCACGUCCGUCCUGACUGUGCGUAAAAAGCGGAGCGCCAAAAGCGAGUGGGUCUCCGCUCUUUGCGUCUGAAUUCUGAUGACAUAAAGCGGCUUGUGAGGGGGGCUGGCAAUCCGGGGCACCAGCUUAUGGAGCAAGAUGAAUGCGAGAUGCACAGCGCUGAGGCUGAAACGAAAGCAGUGCCUUCGGUCUUUCCUGUCGCUGCUGGUGCUGAGCCUCCUCCUGUUGGUCCCAGUCAAGUUCAACCACGUCCUGGAACCCACGGGCCCCCCGGACGCCCCGGGCCCCCUGCCGACGCACCCCAUUGACUGCUCAGCUAUUUAUGACAUGGACCCGGUAGAGGUGGGGAAAUCCCUGAUCAUCAGAAGGAAGAAGGAAAUGGAGUACCCGGAUGAAAGCCUGACAAACCUUACAAAAGGCUGCGCCUCAUUCCUCGACAUCAGGCGUUAUGAUGACGCCUGCGUUUCUGAGGAGGAGAGAGACUUUCCUCUGGCUUACUCUCUGGUUGUGCAUAAAAAUGCCUGGAUGGUGGAGAGACUCAUCAGAGCGACAUACUCGCCCAACAACAUCUACUGCAUCCACUACGAUCAGAAGUCUUCGCCGGAGUUCGCGGCGGCCAUGGAGGGCCUGGCCGGCUGCGUGCCCAACGUCUUCAUCGCAAGCAAGCGGGAGUCGGUGGUCUACGCCAGCAUCAGCCGGCUGAGGGCCGAUCUCAACUGCCUGUCCGACCUGUUGGCGUCGGCGGUCAACUGGAGGUACGUCAUCAACCUGUGCGGCCAGGACUUCCCGCUCAGGUCCAACAUGGAGCUGGUGGCCGAGCUCAAGAAGCUGAAAGGCGGCAACAUGCUGGAGAGCAGCCGGCCCACCGACUACAAGAGGCAGCGGUUCACCUACCACCACGAGCUGAAGGACGCCAACUUCGAGUACCAGAAGAUACCGGUGAAGACGGAGCAGGAGAAGACCCCGCCCCCGCACGGGAUCGAGAUGUUCGUGGGCAACGCUUACUUCGUGCUCUCGCGGGAGUUUGUGGCGCACAUGGAGGCCUCCCCGGUGGCCCGGGACUUCCUGUCCUGGUCGGAGGACACCUACUCCCCGGACGAGCACUUCUGGGCCACGCUGGUGCGCGUGCCGGGCGUCCCCGGGGAGGUGCCCCGCUCCCAGCCGGACAUCACCGACCUGAUGAGCAAGACCAGGCUGGUGAAGUGGCACUACCUGGAGGAGAGCCUGUACCCGCCGUGCACGGGGGAGCACGUCCGCAGCGUGUGCAUCUACGGGGCGGCCGAAAUGCGCUGGCUGCUCGACUACGGCCACUGGUUCGCCAACAAGUUCGACCCCAAAGUGGACCCCGUGCUCGUCCAGUGCGUGGAGGAGAAGCUGCGAGAAAAGCAGAGGCUGCUCCACUCCAGGACCCAAAGGUGUCGGACAGGUUUGCCCAUGACAGGGGCGGAAAAGGGCUAGAAAAGUGGGGCUAACAAUGGGACUUUGAUGGUGAGAUUUGCUGCUUCGUCUCCUCUUACGUUUCAGUAAGUUGUCUUUUAUUCGUGGACUGUCUGGGCUUCUGCUGUCCUGUUGAAUCACAAAAGGUGAAGGGGGACCGAUAAUAUCAUGGUUACAUGAUUGAUUUUUUUAAUUUAAUUUUAUUUUGAGGACUACCUGCCAAAGAUUUUAAUGCCUUUCCUAUGGAGCUGUUUCAAGUCCGCAUUCUUCACAAAGAGGAAUCUAAUCGCCACAGAAAAGCUUGUGGUUGCUUUCCCUCUUGAGGCUUGUUUCACGUUAGAACAAGUAACCACCAGCAAACAACACCCUCUGACAGAAACCAUUUCAGAAAAACUUGAUAUUAAAGUCCAGCUACUAACCUGGUUUGUGCUUCUUUAGAGCCCUCAUUAUUCAGGUCUCGGUCAACCUCCACAUGUGUUUUGUCAUUCUGUGCUACAGUGGUGCACGUGUGCACUAGUUUGCUUAUCUGGGGGAUAGAUUGUACAGAAUAGGCUGCUGGCCAGGCUUUAUGCAAAUUUAUUUCAAUUAAACGAAAGCAGAGAAGCAUUCAGUAUAUAUGGAAAUGUUUGUUUUUAUUUAUCCAGUUGUGCCCCUGAAGCUAAAAAUUCAAAUGGAAAAAAAGCUCAAUUUGAAUCAGGUUUUUAAUUUCCCCUUUGGACCUAUAGCAGGAUGUCAACAUAGGGGUUAAGGUGUGAAUGUGGGUCGAAUGCAAGAAAUAAAAAACAACCAAAGCCUAGAUUCCGUGUGUGCUGGUUUAUCAUUAGUGCUGAGUCAGCUACGACCAUUAUGACCCCCCCAACCCCUCCCAAUAUGGGCUGUGUCUAAGACUCUCAUAUCAGUGCCUCAAGACAAGCUUUCAUAAGUCUUGACAACAUGUAAAAAAAAAAAAGAAAGAAAAAGAAAGCUAAAACAAAACAAAAAAGCGGGAACUUUUUUUUUUACAGGAAUUGCUGCUGUCUGGUUUGGACUGUCCACGAGUGAUGCGAGGCUCAAUAAAUCUGUAUUUCU